CUCUCGGCAACCCGAUGACUGAAAACUGAAUUGGGAUCCUUGCGAGAGAUCGCUUCUACCGAUCUGAACCUUUUCUUUUCUUUCCCCCCCCCCCCUAGCUACUGAGCUGUCGCCGCGAGCUAUCCCACUCCGGCCGCACAGCAUCCAUCCCGAACCCUGCCACGAUCCUGUUACGUUGACUUGAGAUCACUUCAAGAAACCUUUUACGAUGAUGAAUCCUUAUCUGAGCUGGGCAAUUGUCCUGGUCGUCGCCGGGGGCCUAGGAUGGUACUACAAUGACACCAAUGCCAAGGGCAAGACCCCUGUAAAGCCCCUCGCAGAGAAGACAGAGAGCGCACCCAGCGCGAAGAAACAAAAACGAAAGGUCAAGAAAUCUCCCGAACCUUCGCCUGCGCCCGCCCCAUCCAGUGAAAAACCCACCUUUGAGUUCAAGGCUCCGGAGGUCGAUACGCAGGAUGAGGAAAUUGAUCGCAAGGAGAUGGCAAAGCGCUUUGCCGCUGUGAAGAAUGGCACUUCUUCUCAGUUUGCCGACGGUGAAAGCAAGUCCCAGAAGAAGAAGAAGAAGACGACCAAGGCCGCGGCCGUUCCCCCCCAGCCCGAAGCCAGCAACAACGAGCGCUCUGCCUCCCGUGUUUCUACUAGAACUUCCUCCACCACUGGCGCGGACGCUGAUGAUGACCUCUCCCCCGCUGGUUCCCCCCAGGUGAACCCUACCGUCUCCUCUACCGGCUACGUCUCCGACAUGCUCGAAGCCCCUGCCGCCCCUGGCGCAUCUGUCCUCCGCGUUACCGGCUCUAUGGACUCGGAUUCUCAGAAGAAGAAGGCCAAAAACCAGUCCUUUAAGCCGGUAGAAACCAAGAAGCAGCGCCAGCAACGCUUGAAGAACGAGGCUCGUAAGCAGCAGGUCCAGGAGGCCGAGGAGCAGCGACGCAAGCUUCUUGAGAAGCAGCUACACACUGCCCGCGAGUCGGAACGCCGUGAGGCUGCCAAGUCUACUCCAGCUCCCCAGACCAAUGCCUGGCAAGUUCAGGAGACUCCCCAGGCCGUCAAUGGUACGCCCGAGGCCGCUCAGAGCACCCGGGCUCCUCAGACCGCCAAGGUGGAGCUUCUGGACACCUUUGAGCCCGGACUUCCUUCUGAGGAAGAGCAAAUGCGCAUUCUUGGCGCCACCGAUGAUGCCUGGACUACGGUGUCCAGCAAGAAGACCAAGAAGAAGGGUGGCAAGGACGAAAGUGAGGUCAGCGCGUCUGAAAGCCAGCCAGCUCCUAUCCCCGCUCCUAUUUCUACUUCUGCUCCCGCUCCGGUUGAGCCUAAGGUGAAGGUCACACCCACCUAUCUCCCUGAUAUUCUUCAAUCCAAAGAGAAGGGUCAUCCUCUUGACUCCGACUGGGCUGCUUGAGCCCCUCCCCCCCCCCC